UUCAUUUUCAUACCGAUUCCGAUCCGAAAAGAAAACUUUCGCCAGCCCAUCAGUCAUAGUUUUUUUUUUCGUUUCGCUCUCGUAUGUAUCGCAUACCUUCAUCAUCAAUCGGAAUUUUCAUUCCCAGUAGCCACCGCGGCGGGCAAGGUACAUCAGCUAUCAGUUUUCGUUUAGACUCGCACUUUUCAUGAUGUGUCGCUGAGCUGGAUAAAAUACCAGUAGAUUGUUGGGUAGUGAAAAUUAGGGCUCUGUGUUUUUCGGUGCAAUAAAUGGCUCCAGCGGAAAAGUGACCGAUCUCUUUUGUUUCAUUUGUCAAAAUUUCAGUAUCAGCACAAUUAAACGGUGUACGUGGAAAGUGGUGACGAGUUAGGUAUGUAAAUUAUCAGUUUGAGUUCCACGUCUAGACGACCAUAACGCAAUCAAGCAGAGAAGAAAAAAGCAAUUGUGGAAUGGUUUGAAUGAAUUCGGAAAUAUUUUUCUCUCGCAGCACUAAAAGAAGAGAUCGUCCGGAAGUGAUAGUGCAUCUUCAUUGUGUUACUGAUUUGAAACCAAAAAAAAAAAAAUCUUGCGGUGAAAUUUCAACCGUCUGGAAAAUCCGGGAAAGAUGGCAGCGCCCAUAGAGCUGGAAGAUUUGCGGGCGGAGAUCGAACGUCUCAACCGGGAGCUCGAUCAGGCCAGCAGCGAAAACAUCCAGUCGGCCAAAUAUGGACUGGGUUUGCUGGAGGAAAAGCAAUCGCUGCAGUCCAAGUGCGAGGAGCUCGAGGCGCUGUACGAGAAUGCGAGACACGAGCUGGAUAUCACGCAGGAGGCACUACAAAAGUUUCAAAAGACACAACAAGUUACCACAAAGAGUGGCAUCGAACAAGAGGAUGCCCUGCUCAACGAGUCCGCCGCGAUGGAAACCUCGCUCAAUCUGCAAAUCGUGGACCUGGAAAAUGAAACCAAACAGCUGCGACAUGAGCUGGAGCGUGUGACAAACGAACGGGACCGAAUGCUCCAGGAGAACUCCGAAAUUGGUCGCGAUAAAUCCGGAGCAGAAGCCGAAAGGGCUCGAUUGAAAGCUGAACUGAAAGACAUGAAGUACCGGGAAACCCGAAUGCUCAGUGAUUACAGUGAGUUGGAGGAGGAAAACAUUUCGCUUCAAAAGCAAGUGUCCAGUUUGAGGAGUUCUCAGGUCGAAUUUGAAGGUGCCAAACAUGAAAUCGGAAGGCUUUCAGAAGAAAUUCAGCUGCUGAACUCACAAGUGGAGGAGUUGGCCAGUCUGAAGAAAAUAGCCGAAAAGCAGAUGGAAGAUGCAUUAACCGCGUUGCAAAUUGAACGUGAAAAUAAAUAUGCACUGAAGAAGGAGCUUGAUACACAUAUCAAUCGGGAAUCGAUGUACAACAUUAGCAAUUUGGCAAUCAGUAUACGGGGAAUGGAGGAGAGUACACUGAAUAGCAGUGAUUGUGAAGAUGAUAUUCCCGCACUGAAAGACUCAACACUGAAACGGUUGGAAACCUUGGAAGCGGAGACGGCCGAUUUGAAAUCACCGGACGGUACCAAAGUGGAUCUGUUCUCAGAGAUUCAUCUGAAUGAGUUGAAGAAACUCGAAAAGCAGCUGGAAUCCAUGGAAAACGAAAAGAUAUGCCUGACCGCUAACCUGCGCGAUGCUCAGCAGAAUCUGGACAAGAGUCAAAACGAACUCCAGAAUUUCAUGGCUAAACUUAUGUUAUUGGCAGCACACGUGGAUGCUUUACAGAACCUUAAGAAACAAAUUGCCGCCGAGGAUAAAUUUGCGAACGUGUCCAAUAACAAGGACAAGGUAAUGAACGACAAACUGAAUGAAGCUAUUAUGAUGUAUUCCAACUGGUUUGCGCUCAGUGCAAAGGAAAUCGAUACGCUAAAGGCAGAUCUAGUCGAUCUACAGAAAGGUCUCAACUGUUCAGAUGCCAUGGCAGUGCUGCGAAAUGAGAUUACGAAUCUGAAAAAUAAGUUACUUUCCUCUGAGCAAAAAUCACUCGAUCUGCACAGCGAUGUGCAGGUACUAACUACCUUGUCGCAAAACGCUGGUCAGAGUCUUAAUUCUACUCGCAGCAAUCUAGUCUCGCUGAGUGACGAUCUUGCUCAGCUGUAUCAUCUAGUUUGCACCGUCAAUGGCGAAACUCCUAACCGUGUCCUACUGGAUCACAAAAACGAUGAUUUGAGCUUUGAUAACGAUUCGUUAUCUGCAAUUCAAUCGCAGCUAAAGUCUGACAUCUUGACCUCUCGGCCACAUGUUUUCGAGGACCUGCAAGCGCUGAGCGAUGCCGUCGAGAUCAAGAAGUACGUUGACACUAUCAGCGAUCAAAUAAAGUACCUCAAGACGGCUGUCGAGCACACAAUCGAGCUCAACAAAGACAAGGUGUCCGAUGUUGCUGCUGGUGACAAGGAUGCGAAGGAGGAGAUUGCUGAUCUGCACGAACAGAUCAUUAAACUGAAGAGUCUAUUGUCGACGAAGCGAGAACAAAUCGCUACUCUAAGAACCGUACUUAAAUCUAACAAGAAUACAGCUGAAGUGGCGUUAACAAACCUCAAGUCCAAGUACGAGAACGAGAAGCUGGUAGUAAGCGACACCAUGUCGAAGCUACGAAAUGAGCUGAGGAUCCUGAAGGAAGAUGCUGCCACUUUCUCCAGUCUACGCGCAAUGUUUGCCGCCAGAUGCGAAGAAUACGUGACACAGGUCGAUGAGUUGACUCACCAGCUAUCGGCUGCCGAAGAAGAAAAGAAAACUCUCAACCAACUACUCCGAUUGGCUGUGCAGCAGAAACUGAGCCUUACCCAGAAACUGGAAGAACUGGAAAUGGAUCGCGAAAUGCGUCACGUCCGGCGACCGGCGAUGCCAGCGCGUGGUGGUGGCAAGUCGGCGUUCAGCCGCGGUAUUCCCGCCCGCAGCAGCAACCAAAACCCGAACAACAGCAGCAACAAUCCGAACCAAGCAUUCUUCUAACAUAAGGUUAGCGUACAGCGUAAGAUCUUAGCCUUUCUUUAUACAAUGUUGAAGCUGUAAACGUGCUGGUCAGCUUCCGUUGACAGCGCACCGUUUAGUUAACCAUUGACGAGCACGUUCUGCCGACAAGCACAGCGGCACAGCGAAUCCUUCCAUCCAUCCAUUCAGACUAUGUUUGUUCGCCUGGCCGGCCCGCGAUACAGCGGACGCCAUUCGAUCGAAGCGUCGAAUGGAUUUAUAUCUCACCUGCUCUUUUUUGUACUAUACACAGUCGUUUGUAGGUGAACCUAAAACAAGCCAGACUAAUGAGCUAAUGUGCGUAUAUGUGUGUGCGUGCGUGUGUUUGAAGAGGCAUAUAUUUUUAAUAAUAUUAUUGCGCGGAUCCGAAAUUAGGGAAAGUCCCACGAUGGAAAAUGGGACACACGGAAUAGGGCGAAUGUGUGAAUGUAUAUCGUUAAUUUAUUUUGAUAGGAUUAUUAUAUAUUGCAGUGGAUAACCAGGAACAUUAAGAAUAUGAUGAUUAUUGCUAUUAUUUAAUACAUGAAUAAGGGGAAAGAUCUAACUGCCUCGAGUCAAAACGAGCAAACAGCUGUACGCGAUCAGAAGGAAUCGACAAAAUGAAGCAGUAAUGAAACUUUUAUUGUAACUGAGACACUUCCGGGUGGUGUCAAAUGUGAAAUUAUUCUAGACCUGUUUCCAAGGGACAAAGUGAACAAAUUAUUAUUGUCAAACAAUAACGUUAUUGAUGAAAUCGAAUAAACGUAGAUGAUCUAUUCUCAGAAUUUAUGUUUGUAGAUUUGUGCAAUAUAAGAUUUUUUUAUAUAUUAUCAAAAGAACAAUUCGUUUAUUUUUGCAAUGUGGUAAAAUUAUUGAUGAUUAGAAUUCAGACGAGUGAUAAACAUUUCUCUGUCCCUACUUUGAUAUUGGACCAAAACUAUUUUAGAAACAAACAAGUUUUGCAAAAAAAACGGUUCAAGUUAUUUGCACUGGAUGUAGCCAGAUUUGCCAGGGGCAUCUCAUUACGGAAGCAUGUUCUUCGUUCGCACUUUUAGAACGUAUUUUAUGUAUUUCGAAUGGAACUAAAAACCGAAAAACUAAACUCAUAGAUCGAAACGCUUAGCGGCUCAAGCAUUUUUUUGCACUUUUAGCUCACUCAGUUUGAGCGCGCGGCGUUGCGACGAAUCGAACUUCCAUAAGGCAGUCUGUUGUCUGACAUUUGUAGCAGCAUAAAUUUACUAGCUUUUUAAUCGUAGGGGCACUUUGUAGUAGUAGUUCAAGUAGAACAUUACUAUCCGCACUUUAAACCACUAGAUAGCUUAGUUUAAUUUCCUAACACUGGGCUCAGAACCUGAUAAACGCAUGCAAAUAGACUCUGUGCUAAUAUCCAGCACACAAAUUGACUAUUCCUUGGAAUUAAAAUACAAGCUUUUCUGGCGGUUAAUUUGCAGUAGUUAACGUACAGUAAUGCAAUUUUUUUUGGCUGGAAAUGUUCAAUUGCAGAAUGAAUCUAACCUAAUAACAACAACAAAAUCAACACAUACUUUCUAAUCAAAUAAUUUUACCAUCGUUUUCGUUUCAUAAUCGGUUAAGUUUUCGCUCCCAAAAUGGAAUCGUUAUUCAAACACUGUUGAUAAUUAAGCUGAAUGUUUGAAGUCGUAACAUCAUUAACUGUGAAAACAAACAAAAAAAUUAUGCAUCACAAUUCUGUCCUAACAUUACGAACGAUAUUUUUUCUAUCAUGAAAAUUGUUAAAUAAGCACUAAUCAGGAAGCGUCCAAAAAUUAACUGACAAAGUAAUAAAUUUCCGACUAAGAGCUAGGAGUAAAACAAAUUAGUUUGUGAGAAAAGCACACAAUAAGAGAAUAAAACGAAGAAAAUUACCGAGCCAUUUAUUUAUUUCAAUAACGUUAAAAGAAAUCUGAAUUUAAACUAAGUGUAAAGAGAAACAAAAACCGAGAGGAAAGCAAAUUCGGAAAUGUCAAAACCAAUUUUCCUAAAUCAAACGGUCCAUCAGAUAAUGUUUUGCUGACAAAAACAAAAAUGAUAACUAAGCAAACCAAUAACGGAAAUAAAUUAAUCACCGUCCCUUUUUACGAGAACGAAGAAGUAAAAGUAAAACAUAAGAUACGUGUGUGUUAGUAGAACAAAAAAAUCAAUUAUGUCACUUACUAAUUGUUUGAGUGUAACUGUUAAUUGUUGAUAGUCAAUGCGUGGAAUGUUAAUAACUACGUUCGGCUUAGCAUUCGUUCUGCUUCGUUGUAAGACCACAUGAAUACGUGGGUCCGAUUGUUUAUUUCGCUUUGCUUCAAAAUCACAAGUUUAGUUCGCGAUGACUCAUUGAAUAUUCAGGAAAUUAAGCUAUGUUUAUGGUACGAAUAUUAGUCCGAAAGGUGGCAGUCAGUUCGAAGAAUAACUAAAAGUAAAAGUCUCCCAACGAUCUUGAUAUGAAUUUUUCGCAAUAAAUUCGUCUUAUAAAAACAAAAUAUGUGUGGAAAUUUCAUAAUCGGUUUAGAAUUUCUACGAAACGUUGGUGAUGAUUAUUGAAAAGCCAAGGCAGAACUGACGGUUAUAACAGAUUUGUUUCGGAAAAGUAUAGAAAGGCAAUCAUUUUACGGGGAUCCUCUGAUCGGAAGUUGUUCCGAAAGUAUUAGAAUCCACUAGAGAAGUUGAAAAUAGUUUGAACGAAAAGGCAAUGUUUUCUUUCCAAGGAACCUGUCGCAGGACAUAGCAAUGUUUUAAUCCAACAAUCAGACUAAACUAACCAAUCCCAUCUGUAAUAACAACAAAAAAAAAAUAACGAACAAAUAACCUAGCUGUCCAGUUUAGUGAAAUAGCACAUUCUAGAGAUUUUUAGCAGCCAUAACCAAUCGGGAUAUGUAGGAAAUAAGUUUGACCUGGGAGAAUAUUUGUAGUGUUAUUCGUCUUUUCUCCGGUCAAAUAGAAAUAGCUAGCCUAACAGUAUUUCGAACCUUACACAAAAAAAAUUGAAACAGUUCAUGAGAUUCCGUUAUUGUAGAUAAAGUAUUAGGUGCGCGAAUUAUUAGCUUCCGUGAGCGACCAACUGACAGGUCGUCCGCUCAUCGAAGGCUGACAGGUCGUCUGAAUUGAGCUUUAGCGGACAAAAAUAUCCUUCAAUUAGUGGUACUGAAAUUACUCACCUAACUUCUAAUUCGUUCCCAGCUUUUAACUGAUCUGUUAUUUGAAAAUUACAAACUACUACCAUAGCAUCAACUGACUAUUCAAUUCGACUGUAGAAUGCAAACCAAACUGCAAAUUAAAAAAUAUUCUGCAAACAAUAGUAGCAUAGUAGACGUUCCAUGUUUUAACCUUUUACCCAAAAAAAAACAACACGGUUCACCAUAUUAUGUACAAACCGGAACUAGCCGUUCAUUUGCAUGUCGGUUAGAUGCAUCUCCCCCGAGCCAUCUAAACUACGAUGCCGAUAGCUAGAAGAUGGAAAGAGAACAUCGGCGAAAGAAAAAACAAUCCUAAAAUUGCAGCUUUCUUAUGUGUGGUGCUAAGUUUUCAGUUUAGGCAAACUAAAUUUGUUGCGAUUUAAAUAUCUGCUAAUGACUCGUUUUCUAGAUGUAAUCAAUCGAUUCAUUCUAUCAAUUCUUGAUUUUUUUUUGACGCUAGAGCAAUAGAAGUACUCUGUUGAUUCGCUUCGUUUGUUUGUUUGUUUGAAGCCUUUCCCCAUAGCAAAGAAAGACAGUUCGGUUAAAGCACCGUUCUAGCUGAGCACGGAAGCGAAAUGUAAUUUGCUAACUUAUGAUAAUUUAUUGUAUCUCAUUAGAAGCGAACGUAAUAUAUACUAAACUAUAUUGUAAAAGUCUUACAGAGAGAAAGAAAUAAAGUAACUUAAAAUACAGGAUAA